CUCUAUCCAGUUCGUUUGUGUUUGUCUUAUGAUAAAUGGGUAAAACCUUUUUUGUUUCCCCCAAACAAAAGAAACAUUUGAACCUAAAACUUUUCAGGUCAAUGGCAGAUGAGUUCUACAGUGUGCAAAAAUGUUUUUUGAUUCUUUGGUGCAUCAGAAAUAUGAAAAAGAGGAAACAUUAUUCUAAAUUUCUGCACACAAAAAUCACAAAAAAUUCUGCACACUGUAGUACUCCCUCUGUAAAUAAAUAUAAGAGCGUUUAGAUCACUAAAAGGAGUGAUCUAAACAUUCUUAUAUUUGUUUACAGAGGGAGUACUUGUGUUUUGUUGACUUGCAAAGUUCAAACUUCAUAUGUUGUUUUGUUGGGUACAAACACAAAGAGUUUCUGUAGUGCCAGAGCACGGAACUUGAUGCAAAGUUGGAUGGCCCAGAUAGAAGGUGCACAGAAAAGCGGCGACAAUGAUUCGAGACCUUGAGGGAAUACAUAUAUUUUUAAUGUUAGAAAAUUAAUUAGCUAGUUAUGUUGAGUGUUUUAAUACUGUUCGGAGGCAGUUCACAAAGUUGUACUUGUAGGUAAUUAAUGAUGUUAACGAUGCUUUUCGUUCAAGCAGUACAGUCCAGUAAAUUGCUACAUCCUUGGGAUAAUGUCGACACACAAGUUGAUCGUGGAGGUGGCAAGUGCUCAAGAUUUGUUUCCUAAGUAUGGGAAAGGUUCUGUGAGUGCCUAUGUCAAGCUUAAAUUUGGUGGUCAGCGUUUUUGCACGACCGUCAAGCUGAAGGAUCUAAACCCAGUGUGGAACGAACGCUUCUGCUUUCACUUGUCUGAUCCGUCGCAUCUUCCCGAGCUUUCUCUUGAAGCAUGUGUCUACUUUUUUUCGAAAAGAAGGAAAACCCUCAGUGAAGCAUGUGUCUGCUAUGUCAACAAACCUGUUGAAGGCUCCAGGUCCUUGCUUGGCAAGGUUAGAAUUGCUGGGACCUCAUUCGUGCCCUUCUCAGAUGCUGUUGUUAUGCCUUAUCCACUGAAUAAGCACCAGAUGUUCUCGCGUGUCAAAGGGACAUUGGCUCUGAAAGUAUAUACCACUGAUGACCCACACAUUGCAGCUUCAAACACGCUUGGGAUGAUCAAUAGUUCUAAUAAUAUGGAAAGCAUAUUACAGGAUCAGAGUUCAAGACCACAUAGUAUACCACUGCAACAUUUGAAAGAAAUCACAAAUAACUUCUCUGAAGAUCGAAUACUUGGACAUGGUGGUAUUGGUGUGGUAUAUAAGGGGGUGCUGCAUAAUGGGGAAAUGAUUGCUGUGAAGAAGAUUGUAUCGUCAUUAAUGCCAGGCCCACAGAAGCAAUUUGAGAAUGAAGUUUAUCAUCUUAUGAUCGUUAGGAACCCCAAUAUAGUGUGAUGUGUAGGCUACUGCUAUGAAAUAAAGAAUGCGUGUUUGGAGUACAAUGGAAAAUAUAUUUUUGCA